UGAUAGAGAACUUUUUGAAAUUCCAAAUAAAAACAGUCCAGCCAUGAACUCCCUUUUCAGGGUCCCCUAGGAAAAAGGUUUUGGCCUUAUUUCAUCCCCACCCCCUCCACAUUCUAUUAAAGAGGCUGCAUUCUGUGGUUGAGUCAUUGUCAAGGCGUAGGAGCUUUAAACUAUGCGUGGAACCGCUUUUACGGAAAACUAGGUGCCCCGUGGUUCUCUGGGGAAAAUUUCCCCCCCUACGCUUCAGUUUCGAGAAUUACGUAAGAAAUUCCAAGUGGAGACUUCAUGCUUGGAAGAGCAAGCGGUCCGCUCCAGAGUACAGAAUUGGGGUGGAGGUACAUUAUCUGAGGUACUUUCACCCUCCCUCCCAAACCCUUCCUGGGAAUGGUGAGGAAUAGCCCUCUGCAACGGAUUCCGGUACCGAAUCAGAUUUUAAAUGCAAAACAAACUACUGCGCGUCUGCCUCGAAAACUCUAGGACCCACCUAAAAUUUCCUGCUUCCUGUUUUCUAAACUGCUUGGCUGGCCGGGUCUCCAGGGAGUAGCUGUGGCAACUGUUGUGUUAGGAAUUACAGACUGUGGUGUUUCUGCGUCUGCCCAGUGGCUCAACUACGUGGCCGACUCCAGAGCGCUGGAUGACCAAGCCUCACGCCCCAAACCUCCCUGUUGGAAAGAAAUUCGCAAGACUGAAAGAUGCAAUUAAAGAUAAUCUUGAAAGCAGCUUGGUUUCUUCUUGAAAAGAGCUAAGUCCAUAUAGCCCAAAUACAGCAGUGCCUUGGAAUGACAGUGUAUAAGACCUCAGCUCAAGUCAUUCAUCAGAUUGAAGAGGAAUUAGAUGAAGAUGAAAAGGAGGUGAUUCUCUUCCUAUGCCGUGAUCUUGCUCCAGACUUAGUCACAAAGUUGGACUUACGGGAUCUUCUGUGCACCUUGAAUGAGAAGGGCAAGCUGUCAUCUGCUGGUUUGGCGGAAUUGCUAUACAGAGUAAGGAGGUUUGACCUGCUAAAGAAGAUAAUGAAGACAGACAGAGGCUCUGUGGAAGCCAGCCUGGUCAAGUGCCCCAAACUGAUUUCUGACUACAGGGUGCUGAUGACACAACUUAGUGAAGAUAUGGACAAAUCGGAAGUGACUUCCUUAAGUUUUCUCCUAAGAGAUUACAUGGGAGGAGGGAAGACACACAAAAACAAGAGUUUCUUAGAUGUUGUUAUCGACCUAGAGAAGGUAAACUUGAUUGCUCCUGACAAGUUAGAUUUACUGGAAAAAUGUCUGAAGAACAUUCACAGGAUAGAUCUGAAGAAAAAAAUUCAGAAAUAUAAGCAGUCAGCUUUGGGAGCAAACUAUGUGAAUGGAAUCCCGGCUUCCCUGCCAAGUGUAGGCCUGACGAAAUCUGGUUACGACUUGGGGCUCAAGAAUGGGAUGAGUAAGGAGGAAAGACCGAUCUUUGGACAGCAUGGAAUUUCAACAGAACCAGUUAAAACAUCCAUUCAGGAAUGUGAAAAAUCCUUGCCUCAGGUGGCUAGUGAGGAGUACAGGCUAAAGAGUCAACCACUGGGACUCUGCUUAAUAAUUGAUUGCAUUGGCAAUGAUGCCGAUCUGCUCAAAGACACAUUUAUUUCCCUAAGGUUUGAAGUUCAGUAUUCCAAACACCUGAUCACGGAAGAAAUCCACGAGACUCUUUAUCAAGUUUCCUGCCUUUCCAAGCACCGAGAUUAUGACAUCUUUGUGUGUAUUCUGAUCAGCCGCAGUGACUCUGAGAACAUUUUUGGAAUAGACCAGCCUUGCUCAGGAUUCCCUCUUCAUCAGAUAAGGAAAUUUUUUACUGGGGACGCUUGCCCUUUGCUCUUAGGGAAGCCAAAACUCUUUUUUAUCCAGAACUAUGUGGUACCAGAAGACCACAAGGAGCCAAAUAGUCUCGUAGAGGUGGAUGGCAGAAUGUCUCAUAAUGUGUGGAGACCCAGGAGCCCUACAGGAGCUCUUCUCCAUCAAGAAGCCGACAUCUUUUGGAGUUUGUGCAAGGUGAAUGUUUCUGUGCUGGAGAAGUUUCCGGGUUCACCAUCCUUCUACCUGCGAUGCCUCUCACAGCUCCUACAUCAACCUGCGGAGAGAAGAUGCUCGCUCUUGAAUCUCCACAUCGAUCUCAACAACAAAAUCUAUGACUGGAACAGCAGAGUGGCCCGAGAAGAGCAGUACUCCAUUGUAUCAGAGCAUACUCUGAGGAAGAAUGUUUUUCUUCCCUGCAGAUGAAAGAAAAAAAAAAGAGCUUACAUGAUGAAUGUUCAGAGAUGGGACCUCAGUCCUCUGUGUGUAGUUUUCUUCAGUGCCUUGUAUGUGUGCAUGUUGGUGUGGUUGCUGUGGGAUGAGGUCUUGGUCCUUGGGUGAGCGCCAUAUUGAAAUGAUGGGAAUGGGGUCCUUGAAUACUGAGGGGGGUUUUAUCAUAUGAGACCAGAGGCCAGAGAACCAAGGAAUGAGUAAUGCAAAUAUGAAGUAUGGUCUCUUUUAGUCUUCACUGCUUAUCCAGUACCCUAAGGAAUUAUAGUGUUACAUUCCACCGCUAACUAGUGGUGACCUUUCUUUCUUUUUAGGAACCCAGUCCCUUACGGCCCCUCAUUGUCUAAUACCCCAAAAUCAGAGUGUCUAAUUUUGUUUUUUUUUUUCCUGUGGAAAGUACUAUUUAAUUGAGGGCUUGUCUGGUGUGUUUACAGGAUGUAUCUAUGUCUGUAUCUUUGUAUAAGGGUAGCACAGUCACCUGCAGAAGGAGUCUAACAAGGAUCCUCCUCCCUGGCUGCCUUUGUACUAUCUCAUUGAACUCAGAAAAGGUUGACUCAAUAAUUAUGGUCUUGUAAAGUUCAUCCAAGGUGCAAUAUGCUCCAGCUUGUAAUGAACUUGCAAGUCUGCUGCUACUGCUUCUCGGGCCCUGCAUGUCAAGGUGAAAAAGACAAAAUAUUAUUUGGGGGACACAGCUGUACCAGCCUUCAAAAAGUGUUAUUGUUAGUGUUUUCCCAUGAGUAGCCUCCCUUAAGGGGAAACUGUCAUGAUGGCUUUAAAAACCAUCGGGUCUAAUCUUAUAACAAUGGUUUCCAUGCAUAGAUUCUAUAAGCUACAGCCUUCCUUAAGGAGAAACUGUCACAGAGGUCUAGACCACCAUGCCUAAUCUUAAAAUGAAGGUACAGAAGCAAGGGUUAUAAGUGAGGAAACUUUGCCACUGAGAGAGUUGUCUGUAGAGUUGUUUCUUGGGAAUAAACCCCACUCCCCUCCUCCACCAGCAUCUUGCAUCCUUUCCUGACCUGUUCUUGCUGUGAGCAUUUUUACAAUCUCUGCUCAUUCACUUCGAGUUCAAGAAACCAUUAUCAGUUUCUUGGUCUUAUUAACAGAAGGCCCCCUAUAGUACUUGUGAACCAAUUUCUAGCUUUUGUGAUUGAAUAGGAAUUUUGGAGAUGAAUGAGAAUUUAAUGGUCUUAGGGUAGACUUAUUCUCUACAAUAUAAAUAAAAUAUUUUCUUUUUCUAAAUUAUCUGUCCUUAGACAAGGACUCUCUGAAUCUCUAGGAUUCAGUUUCCUUAUCGGUAAAAUGAGGCAGCUGGAAUAAAUGACUGCUCAAGUCUCUGGGAUACUAUCAAACUUCUAAGGAUGCCUCUGAGUAAGUCAGCAAGCAUUGAUUAAAUACCUCAUAUUUGCAGGCACGAUGCUAACUGCUGGGGAAACAAAGACAGGCAAUAAGCCUGCUCCUUAUUUGUAAGCAAUUCACAUUCUCACGGUGAUGACACACCAUAAUAUCAGAGUAAUAUCAGAAAGAAAAGCACUGACUAUAGGUGUUCAGGUGGGGAGAGGUUAGGAAAUAGGAAGGCUAGAAAGAAUAGAAAGAGGCCAGGUUGUGAGGGGCUUUAAAUGACAAACAGAGCAUUUUAUAUUUGAUCCUGCAGAUAAAAGGGGCUCACUGGAAUUUAUUGGCUAGUUGAGUGGUAUGGUCAGAUGCGAAUGAUAUAGGAAAGUCACUUUGUCAGAAGAAUGGGGGAUGGAUUAAGAGUAGGGAGAGAUAAGACCUUUGUGUCAAGGAAAUGAUACAGGAGAAAACACUCACCUUUUAUCUAUACCUAUUAUGAUUUUAUGCAUUUUAUUCUUCUUCCCCAUUACUUUUAUCAUUCCAGAAUGAAGUAUCUUUUUUUUAUCUUGUUGAACUGUUAAAACUUCACAAGCAUGUUACAGGCAAGUUAGGAUUUAACUUUCACCACCUUUCUUUUUUUUUUAAUUCCAUAUUUUAUUAUUUAAUAUUUUUUAGU